CUCACCAGGCCGGAGCAUAAAGUUUUAUUUACCUUCAUGAGCUGCUGAUCAAUAAUGAAGAAAUAAAAGUUGAUUGAAGAAAUUUACAAUGCGGGGGGUGUGGGUUAUCGCCUUUCUCGUCAACUUGUUCCUUCUGGGCUCAGUCUUUGACAUCUAUUUUAAGUCCCCGAUCGUUCAUGUCCCCAACUCACACCGGGCCAUACUGGACAACCCCCCUUCCUCUCUUAAACGUCUCGUAUUCUUCGUCGCGGAUGGGCUGAGAGGGGACACUUUCUUCAAUAAUCCACAUCUUCGUCCUUACCUCUCGUCCGUGAUGUCUAGAAAAAACGUCGGAGUCGCGGUAGGAAUUUCUGACACCCGAGUCCCCACAGAAUCGAGACCUGGACAUAUUGCCAUGUUAGCUGGCUUUUAUGAAGAUCCGUCCGCUGUAUUUACUGGAUGGAAGAAUAAUUUGGUCGAGUUUGACUCUGUGUUUAACCAGUCAAAGGGUUCAAUUGCUUUGGGGUCUCCGGACGUGGUGAACAUGUUUGCUCAAGGAGAAGCAAAGUCUAAAAUUUACUCGGAAACGUACCCCUCUGACUGGCAAGAUUUUUUGGAAGGCAACUCGUCAGUGCUGGACACGUGGGUUUUUGACAGAUUCAAAAUAUUGACAGAACAACAACGACUACCACGACAUGGCAAUUUAAUAAUUUUUCUACAUCUACUGGGAAUUGACAACACUGGUCAUGCGACUAAACCACAUUCCAGAGAAUACGAGUCUGGACUUACCGUGGUGGAUGAUAUUGUUGCAAAAGUGGAAAAUUUGAUGGAGAACUAUUAUGGUGAUAAAGAAACAUUAUUUCUUUUCACGUCCGACCAUGGAAUGACUGACUGGGGAUCUCAUGGUAGUGGUUCAGUGGAGGAAACUGAAACCCCAAUUGUUGUAUGGGGUCCUGGGAUAAAAAAUACUGAAAAUCUCAGAAUAAAUCAGGCUGACAUUGCAGCCCUGGUUGCUGGUUCAUUGGGAUCUGCAUUUCCGUCAAACUCUGUUGGAAAAUUUCCAACACAAAUUUGGAAUGACCAAUCAUUUGCUUAUGCGAAUCUUCGAUCAAAUUUCCUCCAAGUAAUGGAGUUAACCAAGACAAAAAAGGACAAGAUUUCUUCAGAGCGAAAUUUCCCAUUGGUAGCAUUCCCUGAUGAAGAAAUGUUGAUACAAGUUUUGCAAAAUACGGACAGGUUGAUGAAAGAUGGCAAUAUUGCAGACGCUAUACUUCGACUGGAUUCAGCAUUUGAGGAGGCAUUACAAACAAACGUGUAUUAUGAACGUUAUAACCAAACGCUGAUGAUUUGCUUUUCCUUCGGAACGUUCUUAUUGCUCAUGAUUUUGGUGGCGUCAAGCGUUUUAAGUUUGGAUGAUCAUGAUCGUCAUCGCUCGUCAUUUUCUCUGCAUCUAAAAUUGCUUCUCUGGGGAUUUGGAAUUGGAACUUUGAUAACGAAAGGUAUCAUCGGCUGGUCCUUGUGGAAAGUGGGCUACUGUUUCAUCCCCACGUACCUUUGUUUCCUUCUGAAUUACAAGUUGAGACAACAAAAAAUUGCAUUGAGACAGAAGGCAAAGCUGGCCUGGAGUCUGGGCCUGUCGAUCUUGGGAGUGUUACUAUUGCUGCUGAGUUUCUGGGAGAGGAGUGUGCUAAGCGGAAUCCUUCUCUUGAACCUUGUCUGGGUACUCAAGUCUCACACCAAGAAGAACGGACGAAUGAAGAGACGAGAUUUUAUUCUGCACUUGGUGGCCGUUGUGAUAUUGGCUCUCUUCCCGGCAGUCCCCAUCAUCGGUCGAGCUCGCAGUCCUUUCUUCACGACGCUUGGACCCUUAGUUUCUUGUGGCAUGGCUGUGGUAGGACUUGUGUUCUUGGGUGGGUCUGGUGGACUUCAGAGUGCAGAGGACCAACUUGUGCUGGCCACCCAAUUGUUCCUUCAAAUGAGCGCUGCCCUCUUGUCACAUUUUCCGAGCUUCAUGGGCACAAGACUUCUCGCCUGGACGUCACUCCUAUUGUCACUGAUCUGCCCAAUGCUGACGUCCUCAACGAUGGUUGUGCUUCGACUCCUCUCAAUAUUUCUCGCCUUGGGAACUCCCUUCUCGUUUUUGGGGAUUUCAUACGAGACUCUCUUCUUCCCCGCACUCUUCCUUGUUCUCAUGCUCUUUCUCAAGCUGGAAAUUGGAGAAGAAUUCGGCGAGGAAAGUGGGAGGAGAAAAUGGCCAGAAUUUUUCACGCUGAGUCGACAGGAGGAACCGUUAACUAGGAGGAACAAUAAGCAAGAAAUAGUUAACAUUCACCGAGCAUUUCGACGAGCCUGGUUACAUUUAUUCUUUGUAUUCCUCUCCUUUUUCGGGACUGGUAACAUUGGAAGCGUGAGUUCCUUCGAUCCCUCGAGCACCAGGUGUUUUGUGAGCGUGUUCUCCCCCUGGGUCAUGAUGCUCCUGAUGCUCGUAAAAAUCCUGGCACCUUUCCUUCUCGUCUCCUCCUUCUGGCGAGCACUCCUCCCCAGCUCCAGGGACGUGGAGAGGAACUUUGGUAUCCUCCUCCUCCUCUGCCAGGCCAUGAGCUUAGUCAUGUUCUUCAAGGUCCGGAACACUGGGUCUUGGCUCGACAUCGGGAUGUCCAUCUCACACUUUGUCAUCGUCCAAGCCACAACCCUCUUUCUCCUAUUAUUCCAUUUUAUUGCCCACUACCUGGUCACGCGUGAACUCUUGGGGCCGCCGGCUGACCUUCCCACUACGAAGAUUGACGUUACAAGCUCCCAGAAACGACUGUGAUUUCUAACUUAUGCAUUUUGAAUUGGAUUUAUUACAUAUCGCCAUAACUUGUUGCAUCUAGUCAUGCCAAUGUGUGUCAAUUUGUACAAUAAUUUCAUGUAAAUUUUCAUGAGAAAAAUAAAGUUUGCUGUGUGUCUUAUUUUA